UUCAGUUCUCCUACAGCCUCUUCAGCUAUGACGAUGCCACAAAGCUACAUCUGGGCUCCUGUCUGCAUAAUAAUCUUUCUCCAGUGUUCAAAGGUAGUCACAGACACUCCCGUUGGCUCAGGACUCUUGCUGUGCCAGCCGGCACCCAGGUGUGGGGACCAUAUCUACAACCCCUUGGAGUAUUGCUGUGAUCAUCAUACCAUCCUGCUCCUGAACCGGACCCGCCACUGUGGCCCCGACUGUAUCUUCUGGCCCUGCCUGGAGCUCUGCUGUCCUGAGUCCUUUGGACCCCACAAGAAGUUUGUUGUGAAGCUGAAGGUUCUGGGAGUGAAAUCUCGGUGUUUCUCCUCCCCCAUCUCCAGGAACUGCCCCCAGGCGCCUGAUGAAGAUGAACUGGGACUUUAACAUCUGCCACAACAGUUGGAUCUAUCCGAAUGAAUGUUUCCAUCCUCUGACUCAAUGGAAAUGUCCAGGAAGUAAGUUUAGAAAUGCAGAUAUAGGCCUGGCUUGGAGUGA